UUUUCAAUUUCAGAUUUGCAGUUUUGCAGACUCAGUAAUAACGCGUCUUAAACAAAAAUAUAUAACGGUCUGUAAACAUAAAUACGGUUUAUUACUGAUAUAGAUAUCAUAUUUUAACCGUGAAUAAACAUGGCUCGUUCCAGCAGCAGGCUGUCCAAGACAGACCUUCAAUUCAACAAGCCAAUCAUAUCAACAGCCAAAGAUCCCAUCGCAACUAAGGAAUUGUUGAAUAGAUUACAAGUUUUAAGUGAUGAAUUAUCAGGAAUUGAUCAAGAUAAAGAUGUAUCAAGUUUCCAACAGUUACUGGCUGACUUAACAAAUAAGAAACUUUUAUAUCAUACUAAUGUUGGAGUUCAAGCAUUCACUUGCUGUGCCAUAGCUGAUAUCUUAAGAAUAAAUGCUCCUAAUGCCCCAUUCACUGCAGCUCAAUUGACUGAUAUUUUUAAAUCAUUUUUCAAACAAUUCAAAAGAUUAUCUGAACAAGAAAACCCUUAUUUCCAACAACAGGCUUAUAUAUUAAAGAGAUUGGCUGAAGUGAGAUCAGUUAUAUUAAUUACUGAUUUGCCUAAUUCAGAAGACUUGAUUGAAUCAGUUUUUGAAACCUUUUAUACUUUAUCAACCAAAGAUAUACCAUCAAGGCUUGAACCAUUAGCUUGUGAUAUACUUUCAGAGGUUAUCGCUGAAUCGGAAACCAUUCCAACCAAGGUCCUUGUCAUGAUUUUAAAUAAGUUCUUUGCUGAUGUUGAAUCAAGUGGUAUAAAAUCAAUUACUACUAAUAGUGGAUUAAAUUUUUCAAUUCAAAUAUGUGAAAAUAAUAUAGAUAGAUUAUCGAGACAAGUUGCACAAUAUUUCUCAGAAAUCUUAUAUGAUAAUGCAAAACAAUCAGAAAGUGUGACGGACUUGAUAAGUAGUUCUACUGAAAAGUUAAAUAAGAUCCAUAAGCUUUCAGUUCAAAUAUGGAAACAUAUACCCAGUCUCUUAAGUUCAGCCAUGGGUUUAAUAGAUGAUGAGUUGAAGACAGAUGAUGAAAAUAUAAGAUCGUUGGCUACUGAAACUAUUGGUCAAAUGUUAGGUAGCGAUACCAAAGAAUCAAGUUCAUUCGUGAAUUUUGUUAUAACACAUAGAGAAACUUGGACAAAUUGGUUAAAAAGAACUACUGAUGUUUCACCUUCUGUAAGAGACAAGUGGGUCAGUCAACUUCCAGCCAUUCUCAAUUCUACGGGAACAUUCACUACAGAAGUGAAUACGGCUUUAACAAGUUGCUUGCACAAAUGUUUAUUAGAUACUGAUGAAAAAGUACGUGAAUCUGCUUGUGCAUGUAUUGAUAAAGUCUCAUUUGAGAAUUUUACCAACAGAGUUUGUAAUAAAACCAUUUUACAAACCUUAUUCCAAUUAACCAGAGAAAAGCAAUUGAAAACCAGAAAUCUUUCUAUUAGAAUAUUGGCUUCCUUAUACGAUAAAUAUCUCGGUGCUACUAACUCUGGAAAGAUCGUUAACUUUGGAAAUCACCAAGAAGAUGAAAGUAAUGAAUUGCAAUUAUUGAUAUCAGAAGGUAUACCUAAUCAGAUAUUAUCCCUUGUUUACAUUAAUGAUGUGAACAUAACGGCUUCUGUGGAUUUAAUUUUGUUUGAGAAACUUAUUCCUAUUAAUGAAACCAAUACAGUUAAAUUAGUUGACAGAAUUGUUCUGCUUUAUAAGAGUUUGGAUGAUAAGGGUAAGCAAUCUUUCUUAGCUAUGAAUAGAAGACAACAGCAAGUUUCCAAGGUUAUUGAGACUUUUAUCGAAACGAGUCAAAAAUACAACCAAUUAUCUAGUACCUUAGAAGACAAAGAAAACUUAGGUGAAGAUAAGAAUAACGAUAAAACAGUACUUAUGGGUAAAUUGGAUAAGAUCAUAAAGUGGAUUUGUGUUUCAUUCCCUGAAGGCUUAAAUACUUACGCCGUUCUUGAAAGAUUUUACAAAUUGAAUAAGGGUAGAUUUUUUCAUUUAUUAAAAGUCUGUAUAUCACCAAACUCCGAUAUCCAAACAGUAAGGAACUCAAUAAAAGAACUUCUUUCAAAGUUAAGUGAUUCUAAGAAUAUUAGAAUAGAUGGGGAUAGAAAUAAUAUUACUACUAGUGAUAUGGUGACAAAUAUAAAAUUACUAUUAAUGAGAUCGUCGAUUUUGUUAUACAAUAAAUCCAACAUUGUUGAAUUAAUUAAUUAUUCUAAAGAUAUAAAUCAUCCAUUAAAUGUGACAGCUAACAAAUUGCUUGAAGAAAUUUCAACAACUGUUCCCGAAGUAUUCAAAAAUCAUUUUAACGCUUUAAUUCAAUUGAUUACAAAUAACGAUGGUGAAAGUGGUAAAGCUUAUAGUUUGCGAACUUUAUAUCACUUCAUUAAAAAGUUCCCUGACAUUUACCCACAAGAGGAAAGCUUUAUUGACACAUUGAAGAACUUGGCAAGUACUGGUACUCCUCUAGAAGCCAAAUAUAGUAUAGAAAUUUUGGGCUUAAGUAAGGAUAAGGAGUUGUACUGCUCGCUGGUUCUUGAUAAGGUGUAUCCAUUAGAUUUGAAGCAUGAAAAUUUCGCAACUCAUUUAUCUGCGUUGGCCGAAUUGUUCCUCGUGGAGCCAAUACUAGUCCAAGACAAGGCAGGUGAGUUGACGACUUUGAUUAUUCAAGAAGUAUUCUUAAAAAAUAGAGUGCUUGAAGAAGAUGCAAUUAAGAAUGAAGGCUCAUGGUUAGCUGACGAUGUGUUAGACACAAAGCACAAAUCACACUCUACCUUGUAUGAAAAGUUGCUUGCCUUGAGAUUGUUUGUUAACAGAUUACGAGGCUUGGAUAAAGAUAUUGAUAUUGAUUCACAGAAGGAAGAGAUUCUAACCACAGCACAACCAGUCCUUAAAUUAUUGAUGUCAUUUAUAGGAAAUGGUGGAGAAAUUGUCAACAAGAAUUCAGAAAACUAUCCAACACCAGAGCUUUACAAGCUGAAGUUGCGUUUGGUUGCAAGUUUAUAUCUCUUAAAGUUGGCUCAACAUCCUAUUUAUAGUGAAAUGAUUUCUUCUAAUACUAUCAGAAGAUUAACAUUUUUGCUUACAGACUCCAAUUUAGAGGUCAGAUCUCGAUUUAUGAGUAGUUUACAAAAGAAACUUGCUAGUGAAUUAAUUUCAGAAAAGUUCCUUGCUGUGAUAUUCUUUUCAGCAUUAGAGCCAACUAACGAGCUUAAGAACAGUGCUACUAUGUGGGUACUUUCAUUGCUUAAAAGACAAGAAUCGAAAGGUUCUAUUAAGUUUGAGAAAUGUCUUGUGAGAAUCAUACAUAUAUUAGCUCAUCAUGAACAAUUCCUUUCGUUGUUAGCGAGUGAUCUCCCAACAAACGAAGAAAAGGAAAUUGCAGCUUUCACAUAUGCUACAAAAUUUAUAACUUUUUUCGUAUCGUUGGUUGCAAAAUCAGAAAAUAUAUCAUUGCUUUAUUAUUUUGCUAGUCGUGCCAAACAACACAGGGAUGCAACAAUAGAUUACAAUGCGUAUGAUGGAGAUGAUAUCCCAAAAGAAGCAAUAAAUCUCUAUCGUGUUGCCGAAUUAGCUCAGUUCAUAAUCAAAGAAUACGCUGAUCAAAAGAAUUGGCCAACUCAAACAUGGCCAGGGAAACUCAAACUUCCUACUGAUAUUUAUGCUCCAAUGUCAAGUGUUGUUGAAGUUCAAAAGGUUAUAACUAGGGUGUUUAUUUCAGAAAGGGUUCAAGUUGCAUUACGUGGACCUAUAAAGAAGAAAUUAUUUGGAUCCAGUGGAAAGAGAAAGCUUAUUGACAACGACUCAAAGUCAAAAGAAGGCAAAGACUCCAAGCUGAGAACCAAAAUUGCUAAGGUUACUAAGAGAUCCAAUCAAACAGUUAGAAAGGAAAGAAAGGAAAAGUUAGAGAGCUUAGCCCCAUCAAGGAAGAGUAAUCGUGAAAAGAAAGAAGUAAAUUAUGCUGACUCGGGAGACUCAGAUAGUGAUGAUGAAUAAACAAGUGUAAUUAUAUAG